AUGAACUUUUUUGAGCAGCCUUAUUACAAGCUACCAAGAAACUUUGCACGCUCAAUAGGCCGAUGGCCAUACCAGUCGGAGCGACAAAGAUUUACAAUAGCAAUUGCUAUUAUUUCUGCAUUUAUUUUACAAGUUGGACCAAAAAUUCUAGCUGAUAUAGUGCAUUCUGAUGACCAAGAGCUAAUAUUUGAAACAUUGGCACCAACUAUAACGGAUGUCGCUUCAUUCGCCAAAUAUAUGAAUACUUUCAUAAAUGCAAAAAUGAUUAAAAAGAUCCUUCACAGAAUCAAAGACGACUGGACAUAUAUGUCGAAUGAUAGUGAAAAACUGAUUUUGAAAAAAUAUGCUGGAUUGGGAAAACUCAUGGCAACUGGAUACGUAGGAUUUGUAUACAUGACGACUGUGAUGUUCAUAACGGAGCCGUUAUUGCCAAUGAUUAUAAAUCUAAUUUUGAAAACAAACAUAUCUGCUCCGCAUGAGUUUCCUGUUCCGAUGGAAUGGAUUGUUAUAGAUAAAGAAAAGUACUAUUGGUUACUAUUUAGCAAUUCUAGUGUCUGUAUUAUGGUUAUUCUAACUGUACUCAUUUCUUACGACGUCAUAUUUAUUACAUUUAUUCAUCACGCCUACGGAUUAUUUGCAAUUACAGGAUACCGGAUUAGAAACAUGCCUAAUGAUGUAGUACGUAAAAAUAAUCUUACAUCAGGAGUAAAUGCAUCAUCAAAUUCAGAUGAUGUUCAUUACAAACAUCUGGUUUCGUGCAUAAGAAUUCAUAAACGGGCUUUAGAAUAUGCUGAUUUGAUUGAGAGUACUUUUGCCGGAUGCUUCGGAGUAGUUAUUGGAUUAAACUUGCCGCUAAUGAGUAUUACUGGGAUUCAAAUUAUUGCAGAAACAAGUACAUUUCAGCAAAAAAUAAAAUAUGUAAUGUUUACCGGAGCUCAAAUGCUACAUCUUUUUUUUGAAUGUUUUUUAUCCCAGCAAUUGACGGAUAUAAGCUUACGAGUUCAACAACACAUAGCUAAUGGAAAGUGGUACAAUAUUUCGUCAAAGUCACAAAAAUUAUUGAUUUUGAUGACAAUGAGAUGUCAAGUGCCCUGUACUUUAACAGCAGCAAAAAUUAUGGGUUUAUCGAUAGAAAGCUUCGGAAUGAUGAUCAAAACAUCUGGAUCAUAUUUUACGGUUCUUCUAUCCAUGCAAUGA